AUGAAGCAGUGGGGUUACUUUCUAAUUGUUUUUUUCCCCUCUUUUUUUUGUGUCAUCAUUGUGUGUUUUGUUAUCAGAUUUGUUAAAGGCGAUGAUGUGGAGCUGAUCGGGCGCUGGAUUGCCGAAAACGUUUUUUCCGAUAUUCUGAAGGAAGAAAAGAGGGAAGGCGGAUCGCCGAGAUGGCUUUUUAAAGACAUCGAUCUUACAUCUCAGGAGAGAAUAUUACAUCGGAUCUGGUUUGCUUCUCCGCUGUUGUUUGUGGGGAUACUUAGUGGCGCGAUGGUAAUAUUUUGGCAUAUCUUUCUACUCGAGGUGAGCAGCGUCUGCGAUGUAAACGACCCUUCACAAGAUUGCUUCGAGGUCGUCGUCUGGGAUAUGCCGAAGCAAGAUCCCAUCAAUUGUAGCAGCGCCGCCGUUCAAAACGGAACCACAUACGUCCUUUGCUACAAAAUCGUUGUCAAUCUUGGAGUGGCCAUAGGUGCAAGCUAUGGAGUAUUCAAGCUGUCCAUGUUGGCCUUUAGCUUGGGUUCGAGCGCAUUGUUGAUGAUCAAGAAAACCAAAACCCUGAAAGCAUCACGAAUUGUCAUCUCCUCUAAAUUUAACCUUCUUCCUAUGGGGUAUCCCUUGGAAUGA